AUGGAAACUCUACCGUUGCAACUUCCAACACUUAACAAAUAUAUUAAACGUAUCAAAAGACAACAAACUGAGGAUAAAGAUUGCAUCAAAUGGGACGUUGAGAAACAACUAGCAAAACUUCCAGUACCAGAUUUGAAUUUAACAUUAGAUAAAUAUUUACGUUGUCUUCAACCAAUUUUACCAGCAGAAAAGUUUGAAUACAUACAAAAACUUGUUGAAGAAUUUUGUAGUCCUAAUGGCAUUGGUCAUCAUCUUCAAGAAUUACUUUUAAAGUAUGCUUCUGAAACAGAGAAUUGGUCCUAUAACUGGUGGCUCUCAGAUAUGUAUUUAUCGAAUCCUCUUGCUCUACCAAUUAAUUCUAAUCCUGCUCUCGUAUUACCGAAACAAAGUUUCAAAGAUGAAAAUGAUCACCUAAAAUUUGUUUCAAAACUUAUAUGUGGAAUAUUAGAUUAUAAAGUAUUAAUUGAUGCUCGAGAAUUACCUAUUGAUCGUGCAACAUCACGUGAAAAAGGUCAACCACUUUGUAUGGAACAGUAUUAUCGUUUAUUUUCAAGUUAUCGAAUACCGGGUGCUGAUAAAGAUCGUCUAUUAUUAACAAAAACUAAAGUAAUGCAUGAACCAGAACAUGUUAUUGUUGCUUAUCGAAAUACAUUUUGGGUAUUGGAUGUUGUUGUUAAUUUUACACGACUGGAUGAAGAUGAUUUAUAUGCACUAUUAAAACGUAUUGUUCAAAUGACCGAUGAAGAUCCUGUUUCGGAUGAUGUUGGUAUUUGUUCAUCCUUACCACGACGAAUGUGGGGAAAAAUUCGAAUGGAACUAAUAACUGAUGCAUUAAAUCGUGAUUCAUUGGAUUUAAUUGAACGUUGUAUAUUUCUCGUAUGUUUGGAUAAAGCAGAGAAAGAUUGGGAUAUUUAUACCAAUAUAUCGGGAUCAGAUGACGAUGAAGAUAAUGCAUUAAACAAACAUUUUGAUGUUGAACGUCAUGUUGUCUCAUUAGCCGAACAAAUGUUACAUGGAGGAAAAAAUAUGUUAAAUUGUUGUAAUCGUUGGUACGAUAAAACAAUGCAGUUCAUUAUUGGUUCGGAUGGAGCAUGCGGAGUAAACUAUGAACAUUCGCCAGCGGAAGGUAUAGCUGUUAUUCAGUUAAUAGAACAUUUAUUUCGAUACAUGACUGAGAAAAGUCAAGAUCGUUUUCGUCGAUCAAAAUCCUUGUGCGAAUUACCAACACCACAUCGUUUAAAAUGGAGUUUAAGUAAACUCUUGCUUAAACAAAUAAAAAUUGCCAAAGACACAUUAAGAAGUUCAAUCGAUGAUUUUGAUCUAAGUAUACUUGAGUUUGAUGAUUAUGGUAAAGCAUUUGUCAAAUUACAUAAUAUGAGUCCGGACGCAUUUAUUCAAAUGAGUUUACAGUUCACCUAUUUCAAAAUGUAUGAUAAACUUGUGUCAACAUACGAAAGUGCUUCUACCAGACGAUUCUAUUUGGGACGAGUGGAUAAUAUUCGAGCUAAUACACCAGAAGCACUAGAAUGGGCACAAUCAAUGAUGGACGAAGAAAAUAGAAUACCGGCCGCUGAAAAAUUACGAUUAUUUCGUCGGGCAAUGCAAGCACAAACAGACUUAAUGAUUCAGAAUAUUCUCGGACAAGGGAUGGAUAAUCAUAUGUUGGCAUUAAAACAAAUCGCUCAUGAUUAUCAGAUUCCAACACCUGAACUAUUUCUUGAUGAAAGCUAUAAGAUAAGCAACCAUUUUGCACUAUCAACAAGUCAAGUCACAACAAAUUUACCUGAAUCGUUUAUGUGUUAUGGUGCUGUAGUGCCUGACGGUUACGGUUGUUCGUAUAAUGUUCGUGAUGAUCAUUUUCUCUUUUGUAUAUCAUCGUUUAAAAGCUGUUCAACAACCGAUUCAAAACGUUUUGCUGAUGUAUUAACCGACACACUGUAUGAAAUUCGAGAUUUAUGCACAUUGGUGCAAAAGCAGCAAACACUAGCGUUAAGACGGCCAUCAUAUGCAUCAAAAAUGGGACUUCCGGUGACACCAUUAAUAACAACGGGUACAAUGAACGUAAUAGCGACGGGUCCAUCAAAGACAGUAUAA